AUGUCUUCUCCCACAGUCACAGACGCCAGUCUUGCUCGCCCUAGUACGAGCACCAGCAGUAUCACCCUCCACGAAACCGAUGACGAUGCUUCUACCCUCGUCCAAUCAAAGGACAAGUCUUCGAUCCGACGCUGGUUCAACGUCGUGCGCCAAGUCGUAUUCUCCGACACCGCACGAAAGCAGUCAGAGGCCUCCUCGCGCGGAAAGAAGUUAGAGGAGGCUCUGGUUCAGACCUCUCCUCCCCUCGUGUCCCCCGGUGUCGUCUGCGUUCCCUAUGGUGCUUCGAAAGAGGACAUCACCGACAUCGUAUCUCCUGCCAAGGUCGAACCCGCUGCCAUCUCGAAGUGUGAUGCGCGCGACUGGCAGGCUUCGUCUGUCCCUGUUUCCGCUUCCGCUUCCGCCAAAGUCGACUUGGUGGUAGCACCUGGACAAGCGGCGGCGACCUCCACCAUUUUUCCGGACAGCAUCGAGCUCGACGACGACGAGGCGACGUCGACCAAGCCGGCGAAGGCCAGACUCGGUCACAAACCACGCGGGCCAACAAUGAUCACUCCCGCGGUGUUGCAGAAGAUCGCCAGGGAUAACAAGAAGCAUCAAGGAGCCUUCUCCGUCCGAGAGGCAGAAGUGAGAAAGAGCUGCACGAAAGCUGCAUCCUCGACCUCCCGUGCGAAGGAGGUUCAAGCAAGCCCCAUAAGAUGGUCGCAGGACUGA